AUGCGUUUGCAAGAUACGCCGUGCGGCCCCACAUCUACAUCGUUGCCCGCCACGCCUCCGCGACAGACGAUGCUGAAGGAGCUCCGUGCGCAAAACAAGGAGGCCGUGUACACCGUGAUUGAAAAGGACGUAUCGCUAAUCCGCGAGACCGACGAUGUCGUUGACUUUGUCAAGACUCGCGAGACGAAGCUAGACCUCCUGUUCGAGUCGGUCGGCUUCAUCUCCUUCUCGGGCCGUCAGGAAACGGCCGAGGGCCUCGAUGCCUCCAUGUCGACGCGUUACUACAGCCGGCUGCGCGCUGUACAAGGCCUGCUGUCGCUACUUAACGAGGCCUCAAGCCCGCGCGUGGUAUCGAUCCUCGCCGGCGGGCAGGAGGUCAAGCUGAACGACGAGGAUCUGGACCUGCGCAAACCCGGCAACUACUCUAUCGCAAACGCAGCAUAUCACUCGGCAACCAUGUUGACACUAGCAUUUGAGCAUCUCGCUCGCGAAAAUCCGCGCAUCAGCUUCGUGCACGCAUUUCCGGGCGUGGUGGCGACACCUCUCUUGUCGAGAGGAUCGACUGGGAUCAAGCGCCUGCUGAUGGCCGGCAUCGUCCAGCCCCUGGUCAGCCUGUUUUCCCUUUCCGUCGACGAAGCGGGCGCUAGGGCUCUUUUCUACCUGACUAGCGACCGGUAUUCGUCCAGCGGCAGUUUAGUGCCACUAGCUGAGGAUUGA